AUGAUCCAAGACCCCUGGUGGGGAAGGAUAGGUUACGACAAGACCAUCGACCCUAAAACUAUCAAUAUUUAUGGCACAACUAACUCACCCUUCUGGAUGUGCUUCUCGCCGCCAGGCAUCAGCGGCCCUAAAGGCCCCGGCGUGUCUAUUUAUGUCCGGAGAGACAUUCCUGGUCUCCUCGCACAAUAUUCUGACUCUCUCCCUCCCCACCCCGACGUUCUUGCUGUCGACGUAAUUUAUAAUGGCUCUCUCACCACUCUCGUCAACGUCUACAUUCACGGUGACAACAAAAGAUAUGAGGAAGCCCUAAACCAUUUAAUAUGCCAUCCCUACCCCAGCUCACACCCCAUAGUCAUUGCAGGUGACUUCAACGCCCAUCACCCUAACUGGGCCCUUGAGGGGUCCAAAUGGGUUGAUAACCACCCCAACCCCAACGCACGCUUAUUAGACAACUGGAUUUCCGAGAAUGACUUCCAUAUUUUCAAUGACCUCACAAUGCCCACCUGUAUUGGGAGGAGAGGGCAAUCUGACUCAAUUAUUGAUCUCACCCUCCUCAACAGCGCCACUGUUGAUGCCUUUGAAGAUUUUGAAUGGACUUGCAAAGCGGAGGGAGCUAUGGGUUUGGAUCACAACAUCAUUUUGUGGACAAUCAGCUUGCACAUACAUGCAGACGGCACAACAGAUACCAAACCCCCUCCUAACUUUGUAAUAGACCUUGAAAUAGAAGAUGAUUGGACAAGUUGUUUUGAUUUUCUGCUGUCUCUAGCCCACCUCCCACUUGACCCAAAAACACCAGCGGACCUGGAGUCAAUGGCAAACGGCAUCCUCCAGGCCAUGACGCAAGCCACCCAGGACACCAUGCCGCAGAAGAAACAGGGCAAGAGAGGCAGCCAAUUGCCGUGGUGGAGUAGCAAAUGCUCCAAAGCCCUCCGUGAGUUAAAACACCCGUCCGACUCCCGUUCCCGCGACGUGCGCAGAGCCGCUCUCCGUGGAGCUAUCAGACGCGCCUGCAAGUCUCACGCCAACAAAGUGUGCAAAGCUGCCACCGUCGGGAACAUUUUCAGGUACACCAACUGGUACAAGGGCAAACGUUGGGCCCCCCUGCCACCAAUAUGUUUUGGCGGCGGCCUUGUCACCCAACCUCAGCAAAAAGCCAUCGCCCUGACUGACAAAUUCUUCCCCAAAGCAACCUUGGCAAAAGUAUUGCUUGAGCCCAUCGGAAUUCCCCUCUCCCCCCAGAGACCAUGGCACUCAAUCACAAAAGAGGAAGUUGAGGCGGCCCUUGCAGACUUGUCAAACACGUCCGCACCGGGCGCAUUUGGAACGAAUUACCAACUGUUGAAAUGGGCCUUCUCCUUGAAUCCAGUCCCCAUUCUGGCACUUUACAAUGGAUGCCUCACGUUGGGAUACCACCCCACAUGCCUUUGUAACGCAGUCAUUGCUGUCAUCCCCAAACCAAACUGUAACAACAUGUCCAAUCCCAAGUCCUACCGCCCCAUAUCCCUCCUAGAGACUCUGUCAAAAUGCCUGGAGAAAGUCAUCACGCAGAGACUCAUUUAUGAAUCUGGCAAGUUCAACCUUAUCCCACACUUGCAAUUUGGAGGGCGCGACAUGACCUCAUGCAUCAACGCCGGACUCUGUCUCACUCACAACGUCAAAGCCCAAUGGGCUCUAGGAAAACACGUCUCCCUGCUUACCAUGGACGUAUCUGGAUACUUCAACAACAUAGAUCAUGCCAGAUUAGUCUACACACUGAGACGCUUGGGCUUUGCGCACAAAAUUUGCCAGUGGCUUAUCUCAUACCUCCACGAGAGAACGGCACAACCAAAAAUUGACAACACCUUGUGCAACCUGAUUAAUCUUCUGGCAGUUGGCAUCCCACAAGGCUCUCCCUUAUCACCAAUCCUGUCAUCUAUAUACUCAAUCCCCCUCCUCCGUGCAAUUCAAGACCCACAGGUUCACACCUACGCUUACGUUGACAACUUCUCCAUACUUGCCUUCUCUCACUCCCACUCUGCCAAUGCUCAGAUCCUCAAAGAAAUUGCACUCUUGGCUAAUGAAACGCUACAAUUGCUUGGACUUGAGUUUGAACUCCCAAAAUCCAAUCUCAUUCACUUCAUUUCACAAAAGCAACAACCAUCCAACGCUAAAGUCAAGAUCCCGCUUGAGCACGGAGCGCUGAAUAUCACACCAAAAGUUGUAGUCCAGUGGUUGGGCUUUUACCUUGACCAGAAACUGAACUUCCAAGAACACAUCCGGUACAUGGCCAACAAAGCCAACGCAGUCCUGGCCGGCCUCCAAAUGCUUGCCAACACCGUUAGGGGCAUGACAAUGCGGCAUGCGCGCAUCCUCUUCAUCUCAUGUGUUCAACCCAUCCUCACAUUUGGUUUGCUUUUGUGGUUCCACGGCAAACUACAAAAGUCCCUGUCCAACCCAAUCCAGAAGGCGCAAAACGCGGGAAUUCAAUGGUUAACUGGCGCGUUCAAAACAACACCCACCACCGCUCUUCACCACCUUGCUUCCAUCCCACCCAUCCACAUAUACCUUCACAGGCUCAACACCAACGCCGCCACCAAAUUCAGAGCACUCCCAAAACUUGCCAAAGUCAGCCGGCGCCUCCCCCCGUCUUGGGAUACUCACAACCCAUCCCUACCAUAUCCCCCCAAACCCAAGAGCAAUACAACAAUAACCCCCUCCCCCAUUACCCGCCUUGCAGCCCUCUCCCAUCCUGACGCCAAAUUUCAAACCCCCUAUCUCAACCCCCCCUGGCGCCCGGAUAACCCCUUCCCCGGCAGAUUAGUAUGCGCAUUCCCCCCUGGUGGCUCCUUGAAGAAUUGCCAAGAAAAGAUUGCUGAGAAUGCCAACCGCUUGAUCAACGCACUUGCGCACAAAGGCACUCUAGUUGGCUUCUCAGACAGCUUGAAAGAGUCUGAAGUGGCCAAGUUCAGCGGUGGUAUCGGCCCUUGCGCCAACAUCUUUGACGCCAAGAUGCUUGCCCUUGCCCUUAUAGCCCAAAGAUGUGUUAGGUUUGCCAGGUCUCACAACAUCCAAAAAAUACACGUCUUUUUGGACAACCUAGCAGCCGUACGCAUCAUCAACAGAACCAAACCACACCCUGCUCAAUACGCGUCAAUCCUCUUCCGGAAGGAAGUCCAUGCUUUUCUUAGAGACAACCCAAGGCGCACGUUUGUGGUCCAAUGGAUCCCUGGACACUCAAAGAUUGAUGGGAACAAACGCGCCAAUAGGUUAGCUAAUGAAGGACUCAACCUCCGUCCCACCGCAUUCUUCAACCCAACUUCAACCCCUCACUCCAAAACUGUGCGGAAACACAUCCCCCGGCCCCUGUCUCUCAAACUCCACCCCAUCUUCAACAACCCCAGCCUACCUUGCUCUGUUUCCUCUUGCCUGGUCCAUGUGAUGACAGGCCAUGGGUGGUUUGGUGAAUACAAGGACAGAAUGCCGUUCAUUGAGGGUUCCCACAAAUGCCCAUGCGGCAAGCAGGUCCAAAGCGUCCCGCACCUCCUUUUCCUGUGCCCUCUCUCUGAAGAUAGCCGCAAGAACCUUACCAAUGUUGCACCUGAUCUCAACCCCCUCACCCUCUUUGGGUCUACCAAAGGCCUUGAAGCGGAUACUGCCCCACCUUCCCCUGUCUAA